UUUUGACACUUAAGGACAUGUACAACUUUACCUCAUCCCUGAUGCCUUCAUGGCGCGCUCACGGAGAGCCAGCGGGUCGCAUUUUCCUGGGGUUCGCUCUUUCUCUCCUCGUGCUGUGGACGCUUUUGGGGAAUUUCACGGUUUGUGCUGCGGUUUUGCGCUUCCGUCACUUGAGAGGAAAAGUUACCAACAUCUUUAUCGUGUCUCUGGCAAUGUCCGACCUGCUGGUGGCUGUUCUCGUGAUGCCGUGGAAAGCGGCCACGGAGGUGACGGGACACUGGGCGUUUGGCUCUUUCUGUGAGUGCUGGGUGGCUUUUGACAUUAUGUGCUCCACAGCCUCCAUCCUCAACCUGUGCGUGAUCAGCUUGGAUCGAUACUGGGCGAUUUCAGAUCCAUUUCAGUACGAGAGAAAGAUGAACCGUAAAGUCGCCCUUGUCAUGGUCAGCGUAACGUGGAUCGUAUCAGUGGCCAUAUCAUUCGUGCCCGUGCAGCUGAACUGGCACCGCGCAGAUCUGGGCACGGUCAACACAAGCAACUGGACCGAAAUGUGUGAUUCGAGUCUGAGUAGAACUUAUGCCAUAUCAUCUUCCCUAAUAAGUUUUUACAUUCCCGUAGCAGUGAUGUUGGUCACAUACACGCGCAUCUACCGCAUUGCUCAGGUUCAAAUCAAGAGCAUCUCUUCGCUGGAGCGCGCAGCAGAGCGCGCGCAGAGUUGCAGGGCAGGUGCGCGCACCUGUCCUCUCCAACACCGCGCCAUAAGAGAAACCAAACUCUUUAAAACUCUGUCCGUGAUUAUGGGGGUGUUUGUGUGCUGCUGGUUCCCGUUCUUCGUCCUGAAUUGUGCGGUUCCUUUCUGCCACAAGCCAAAUUGUGUCAGUGAAGCAACUUUUAACGUGUUCGUGUGGUUCGGCUGGUGCAACUCAUCGCUAAACCCGAUCAUCUAUGCUUUCAAUUCUGAUUUCAGAGAUUCUUUCGCUCGACUUCUGUGCUGCCAUGGCCUGUGCACCAGAAGACCUCUUGCUAUUCAGAGCAAGGAUCCAGUAUCCACUUAUAAUCAGGGCAGCUCUGUUAACACUAUGGAGGUCGGUUAUGUCAGUUUGCACAGGGUGGACAACGAAAUGCAACGUCCUUUGGUGGAGCUACAUGUGCUUGGAGAUGAGAGCGAGGUUAAGCAUAUUAACUCAGAAGAUGGAUGUCAGAACAAAUGACUUUUAGGUGUAGGGGAGACCGGGGCAAGUUUUAACACUGAAUAUAUCAGGUUGUAUUUUUGAA